CUGUCAAUUCCCUUUGACAACUCGUUCGGAUCUGCACGUGGAUUACGCUUUCAAAGAUGAGUACUCUAUACACCUACCCGAAGAAUUUCCGUGCCUACAAGGCCUUGAUUGCUGCCCAAUAUUCCGGCUCCAAGGUCACCGUUGCCGCUGACUUUGUCUUUGGCGAGACAAACAAAACCGAGGGCUUCUUGAAAAAGUUCCCAAAUGGAAAGGUUCCAGCUUUGCAAACGGCCGACGGAAAAUUCUUGUUUGAGAGCAACGCGAUCGCUUAUUACUUGUCGAACGCCCAGCUGAAAGGCGCCAGUGACUUUGAGAAAGCCGAAGUCUUGCAAUGGCUCGAAUUCGCGGAAAAUGAACUUUUGCCCGCUGCCUGCGCCCUCGUCUUCCCCAGCAUCAGCAUCAUGCAAUACAACAAGAACAACUUUGAAGCAGCCAAGGAAGACCUGAAACGUGCGUUGGGCGUUUUGAAUGCGCGUCUCCUCGAAAAGACAUAUUUGGUCGGUGAACGUGUGACGCUCGCCGAUGUCGUGUGUUUCUGCAACUUGCUCAACUUGUACGAGCACGUUUUGGAUCCGGCCUUCCGUGCGACAGUCGUCAACGUCAAUCGUUGGUUCCUCACGAUCCUGAAUCAGCCGCAAGUGAAGGCCGUUGUCAAGGAUUUCACGUUGUGCACAAAGCCGUCGCAGUUCGAUGCCAAGAAAUUCGCCGAAUAUCAAGGCAAAGCCACCGGUGGACAACAACAACAACAACCCAAGGAAAAGAAGGAAAAACCCGCGAAAAAGGAGCAACCGAAGAAGGAAAAGGAGCCAGAAGAGGAAAUGGAUGCCGCCGAAGCUGCAUUGUCGUUGGAGCCGAAGACAAAGGAUCCCUUCGAUGCCAUGCCCAAAGGCACUUUCAACUUUGACGACUUCAAACGUUGCUAUUCCAACGAGGACGAAGCCAAGUCCAUUCCCUACUUUUGGGAGAAAUUCGAUCCGGAGCACUAUUCCAUCUGGUACGGCGAAUACAAAUAUCCCGAGGAACUCACCAAGGUCUUUAUGAGCUGCAACUUGAUUACCGGCAUGUUCCAGCGUCUCGACAAGAUGCGCAAACAGGCCUUUGCCAGCGUUUGUCUCUUCGGCGAGGACAACAACAGCACCAUUUCCGGCGUGUGGGUUUGGCGCGGACAAGAUUUGGCCUUCACCUUGUCGCCCGACUGGCAAGUUGACUACGAGGUCUACGACUGGAAGAAAUUGGAUGCCAAGUCCGAGGAAACGAAGAAACUUGUUGCGCAAUAUUUCUCCUGGACCGGCACCGAUAAGGCAGGACGCAAAUUCAAUCAAGGAAAAAUCUUCAAAUAAACUCUUUUUUUUUAUCGAGA